AUGCCUUCUGAAAUCUCAGUAUCCGCAGAUACACCAAUGCCAAAAGCGUACGGUUUCCUCCCAAAAGGAAACCGGUACAAAACGCUGCAUUGCCGCAAGCUCACCCAUAAAGCAGCCCGUCCUCUAUAUAUCGUGUUGGAAAACAAGAAACAGAUUGGACUACGUGCACCCUUGGCAAUCUUAGACAAAGUACACAAGCAGGCCAAACAAACACUCUCGACGCGUCGUGCUGCAACUAACAAGCGCGAUGCUACUGACAUUGCCAAAGCAAGUGCUGAAGUGGAAAAACAGUUCCCACAAAUGCCCCAAGAUGAACGCGAGACUGUGCUUAAACAUGGGUUCAAGAAGCACUCUGGUAGAGUGGGCAGGACAAAUUCGAUACCAUUAUCGCGGAAGGUAUUACUUGCUGUGAUUGCACACGUUCGCCAUAGACAUACCGCAUACGACGCCUUGCUUGAUCAGGGAAUCGAUCGAGAGGAUGCCAGAAAAUCGACGAGAAAAGAUAUCGAGCGUCUUCUGCAGAAGUGGGGAUACUUACAAGGUACGCUUUGGAAGGUCCGUCGAUGA